AUGGCCAAACAAUUCUAUACACUGGGCGAAGUUCUCGCAGUCGCUCGCAACCACCCUUUCUACAAUAGAGAUGUUAAAUAUCCGCUUUCCCCGAACGAAGUUUUGUCGGUCACCUCGGAAGCGCAGUCCAGUGACGAUGAGUUCCAACAAUAUCCAAUCAUUGACAAGAAAAACAUCUUUUCUGUUAUUGAAACCUUGGCAGCAGAUGAUUCACCAGAGAACACCUUCCGCCAGAGCUCCUAUACUAGUGUUACAGGCGGAGGCUGGAGCCGUGGUGUUCCUAUGCUAUUCCUUACCGAUAGCGCAGAAAACAGACGCCAACGUGAGAGUAUUGGUGCGCUGAUUGAGGCAGUAGGGAUUGUGCAGCCUAAGGAUUGGAUAUUGAACAUCCAUGUUUCUGGAUAUUUGUAUCGUUCCCUCGAUCUGUUGACGGAUGCUCUAGAGUAUGCUGGAGGAACAAUACUUUGUGCUGGAGGAGAUAUGUCUGCCGAAUUAGCCACUAAGACUCUGAUACAGUACCGCUGUAACUUCCUCACAGGCCCUGUCACAGAGCUCAUCAAGCUAUCUCGGCACAUAUCGGGUCUCCCAUCAGAUAUUCGGAGCCAAGUCCGGAUCACCAAGAUUCUUUACACAUCCGAACCUUUACUACAGUCGCAGCGCAGCCUUUUGAUGGAGAUCUUCAACUCUCCGGCGAUUUAUUCUGGCCUUGGCAGUGCUGAGGCCGGAUUUUGGGCUGUUUCAAACCCACAGCUCACCGAUCAUACCGAAGAUGUCGACACUGCCGACGAUGGAGCAGACUUCGUAUAUGAUAUACGGGCCAUGCAUGUUGAGAUUCUCACCCGAUCGUCACCUGAGAGCAAUUCUCCCUUAAACCAGCCCGUUGCCGAUGGUAACCCCGGUGCUAUCGUUCUCACGUCUCUGCAACGUCUUCGGAACCCAUUGGUGAGAUAUAACUCCGGUGAUAUCGGGUCUCUCCAUCCGCUCCCAGCCAAAGCACAGACACAAAUUGCACCCGAACGCGUGCCGUAUUUGCGGUUGCUACGCAUCUACGGCCGCGAUAAACAGUUCAGUUUCAACUGGGGAUCCAACUAUUUCCAUUAUGACACUAUUCACAAGAUGAUGCAGACAGAAGAAUUUGGGAUCCUUCAGUGGCAGAUUUUGCUCGGUUGGGAGCAAGAUGUUCAGGGUGUUGAAUCUAUGGAGGUCCGUAUUUUGCGGGAGUCCUCCAGCACUAAAGAUUCAAUACUCCCGGAAGAUGAACUGGUGGCGCAAAUCAAAUUCAGCUUCCUGGUCAUUACCAAUCCUUACUUUAGGGUUGUUAUUGUGAACGAUGUAAAUGAUUUUGAACGGAGUGGGACUGGUAGGAAAGUUACACGGGUGGUUGAUCGCAGAUAA